AUGUCUCUUUUAACAGAUACCAUUGUCGUAACAAUUUCUCAAAUCGCUUUUUUUCUUGGUGGUUGGAUGUUCUUUGUACGACAACUUGGGUUAAAUUAUGGUGUGAGAAAUCGUUUUGUUAUUCUUUCAUUUGCAUUAAUAUUUACAUUAAGUUGUAUGAUGUUUGAAUUGAUUAUUUUUGAAAUUCUUGCUUUAUUAAAACCAACGUCAAGAUAUCUUUAUUGGCAUAUUGUUUUAUAUUCUAUGCUUUUUCUACUUGUUUUUCUUAUACCAUUUUAUAUUGCAUAUUUAUUAUUGAAUACAGUUAAAAUUGUUCGAGAUUUUCGUCUUGUUUUAUUGUUUACAUUAAUUGCAUGGUGUUUUUAUUUAUAUGUAUUUUGGAAAUUUGGAAAUCCAUUUCCAAUAUCAAAUCGAAAUGAAUUUUUUAGUAUUGAAUUCUGUAUAAGUCGUGUAGGAAUUAUUGGUGUAACUGUUAUGGCUAUUUUAAGUGGAUUUGGUGCUGUCAAUUGUCCAUAUACAUAUAUGACUUAUUUUAUUAAGUCGAUGACUGAUAAAGAUAUAACUGAUGCACAAAAACGUUUAAAACAAGUUAUGGAUGUUGUUGUAACAAAGAAGAAACGUAUUGCUCUUAUUGAACAUGAAAAUUUCAUGAGAACAAUGACUGCAAAUGUUAAUUCAACUAAUCCAUGGCAUAUUCUUCGACGAACAUUUACUUCUCGUUUUGAAAAUCCAUUAAUCAAUCAUAUAUCAUCUGCAGAUAGUGAUAUCAAUUCGAUUAAACAAGAAAUAUAUAUCUAUGAAGAAAUUUAUACACAAUUAUAUACUGAUCUUGUUGAUUUAAAUGAAUUAAAAGAACGUAUUGAAUAUUCUAAAACAUUACAAGGAAAAUAUUUUCAUGUCGUCGGACAUUUUUUUUCUGUAUAUUGUAUAUGGAAAAUUUUAAUUUCAUCUAUAAAUAUUAUUUUUAAUCGAGUAGGAAAAGUUGAUCCGGUGACAAAAAGUAUUGAAUUAACAGUUCAUUAUUUUAAUUUCGAAUUUGAUGUACACUUUUGGUCACAAUAUGUAUCAUUUAUAUUAAUCGGUAUUAUGGUUGUAACAAGUAUUCGUGGUUUAUUAAUAACAUUAACAAAAUUUUUCUAUUUCAUAUCAAGUAGUCGUUCAUCAGAUGUUAUUUUUUUAUGUCUUGCUCAAUUAAUGGGAAUGUAUUUUGUAUCAUCUGUACUUCUUCUUCGAAUGAAUAUGCCAGCAAAAUAUCGGCAUAUUAUUUCACGAGUUCUUGGUGAUUUACAAUUUAAUUUUUAUCAUCGUUGGUUUGAUUGUAUUUUUCUACUGUCGGCAUUAUUUAGUAUUGGAAUUCUUUAUUUACAUCAUCGAUCAACUCAACAAUCGCUAUCACUUUAUGAUAAAACUGUACAAAAGAUUCAUGAUUAA